AUGUCUCGUCCAUCUGGCCUCAUCGCAAACAAGGGCAUCGAGCUCCUCACGUUCGGCACGCCCAAUGGACACAAAGCGAGCAUACUCCUGGAGGAGCUGAAGGCGAAGUACGGGCUGGAGUACACGGUGCAGAGCAUCAACAUCAUGGAGAACAUCCAGAAGGAGCCGUGGUUCACCAAGCUUGGACCGAACGGACGCAUCCCUGUGAUUGUGGACCACGACAAUGACAGCUUCCCCGUGCAAGAGGGUGCCGCCAUCCUGGCGUAUCUGACGCGCCACUACGACCCUAAGCACGAAUUCACCUUUGAGGACCCGAAGGAUCUGUCGCGCGCUGAGCAAUGGGUGGCAUGGCAGCACGGCGGCGUCGGCCCCAUGCAAGGCCAAGCCAACCACUUCUACCGCAUGGCGAAAGAGCGCAUCCCCUACCCGACGCAGCGCUACGUGGGCGAGACGGAGCGCCUGUACGGCAUCCUCGACGCGCACCUGGCGGACCGCGACUUCCUGGUCGGGCCGGGCCGCGGCAAGUACAGUAUCGCCGACAUCGCCAACUUCAGCUGGGUCAACGUGUGCUAUUUCGGCGGCAUCGACCUGGAGCAGUUUCCGAACCUGUACAAGUGGUGGGAGCGCGUCGAGGCGCGGCCCGCCGUGCGCGCGGGCACCAACGUGCCGUCCGAGAGCAGGCUGGUCAACCGCGAGUACAAGAAGCGGAUGGAGACGGACGAGGAGUUCAGGCAGGCCGAGGAGAAGCUGGCGGAGAUUGCGAGGCAGGCGAAGGAGCAGUACGGGUACAAAUACAGCUCGCCUUGA